UUCAGAUAAAAUGGAGUUUGCAGAUCAGAGUGAUGGUUUGAAUCAAAUUGAUGAGCUUGUUUCAAAUACUUAUCCCAAAUUUGUAGCCAAUCCUCGUGAUCAUAGAUUAACCACUGAUCUAGCUGAUUUCAGAUCAAUAGCUAAUUCCACUGAAUCCAGAUUAAUUGAUAAUCCUGUAAAUCUCAGAUUAAAUGCAGAUGCAUCUGAUUUCAGAUCAAAUUCUGAUCCAGGUGAUCCCAGAUUAAACAUUGAUCUGUCUGAUCCAAGAUUACCCAAUGAUCCUGCUGAUCUCAGAUUAAUUGCUGAUCCCAGAAUAAACUCGAACCCAGCUGAUCUCAGAUUAACUUCUUAUCCAGAUCAUUCCAGAUUAAUCAAUGACCCAACCGAUUUAAGAGUUACUACUGAUACGGUUAGUUCCAGACCAACCGCACAUCUAGCUUAUCCCAGAUUAAAUACUGCUCAAUCUGAUUUUAGAUCAACUCUUCGCUCGGCUGAUCAUAGAUUGAUCGCUGGGCUAGAUGUACCUACUCCCAGAUUAAUUUCUCAUCCAUCAGAUCCAAGAUCUAACACUGGUCAAGCUGUUUCCAGAUUAACUUCUGAUCAAGCUGAUUCUAUAUUGGUUAGGGAAUCAGCUGAUACUAGAUUAACGAGUAACUCAGCUGAGACCAGAUUAGCGAGUGAUUCAGCUGAUACCAUAUUAACAAGUUAUUCAGCUGAUCCCAGAUUAACCGGUGAUUCAGCUGAUACUAGAUUAACAAGUAUCUCAGCUGAUUCUAGAUUAACGACCGAUUCAGCUGAUACCAGAUUAACGAGUGAGGAAGUUGAUCUCCGUUUGUUGGCUGUUCAAGUUGAUCCCAAAUUUACUGGUGACCCUCAUCCUAGAUUAACCACUGAUCCCGCUGAUAUGGAAUCAGAUCAAAUUUUAUCUAAAACCCAGGAAACCUUGCUUCCUGCGAAUGAUGCGAAGGCUGUAUUGAAUCGAAUCCUGGUGUAUGUACUGAAUAUAAAGAGUGAACUAGAGGAAUAUAUUCAUCAUAUUCAUCAACUAGAACCUUACAACACAGCGGAUAUCAAAGAGGUUCUGCUAGCUGCUACUAUUCAACAUAUUGAAUCCAUGAACUCUGUAUGUCAGCUGUGUGCAACCUUGUUAAGAGAAGGUGUGGACCUAGACCCAUGUUCGGAGGAUACUAAAGCUCAUGUUGAGGAUAUAAAGCUGGAUCUUGAUGAUAUAACAUCAAAGAUGAACAUAUCACAGAAUGCAUUUGACAGGAAGCAAGCUAUUUUUGGAAGUUCUGUUAAGGAAGAGGAAGGUGAUGAAGAUGAUGACGAUGACGACGACGAUGAUGAAGAUGACGAUCAAGGAGACGAAUAUCCCGGUAAGAGAUUUGCUGAAACUUCAAGUGACGCAGAAUAUUUCAAACAGAAAAGGCACUCGAGCUCUGAUGAAAAAAUAUUCCCAUGUGAUAUGUGCGACUUUACAACUAAUGCAAAAUAUACUUUGAGAAAUCACAAAGAAAGCCACCAUGAAGGAAAGCGGUACUACUGCGAUAAAUGUGAUUUCUUUGCGUUGUAUAAAACCAGUCUAAAUAGACAUAUCAAAAAUAGGCAUGAGAACGUGCCUUAUCCAUGCACCAAAUGUAACUUUUCGGCGUUGAACUCUGUGAGAUUGAGAAAGCACAUAAGAAACCAUCAUGGGCCAGGAAAUAAGAAAGAAAUCCAAGAUGGAGAAGAGAAUUUAAAGGAGAAAAGCGAAUUAACAGGAGAUCCAGCUGGCCCCGGAGACAAUGAAGAGGAGAUCAAACCACCAUCUCUGGAAGAAAUUAUUUUUUCAUGUGAUAUGUGCGAGUUUACAACAAAUGCUAGAUAUACUCUUAGAAACCACAAGGAAAGUCACCAUGAAGGAAGACGAUUCUUCUGUGAGAGAUGUGAUUUCUCGGCUCUGUAUAAAACCAGCCUGAAUAGACAUGUAAGAAGAAGGCAUCUAAGCGUACCCUUUCCAUGUACAAAGUGUGAGUUUUCUACUACUACGGGGAUCCGAUUGAGAAAGCACAUGAAAAGCCAUCAUGCUCCGAAGAAGCCUGGGAGAAAAAAAGAUGACCAAGAUAGCAAUGGCGACACACCGUGUGAAAAUGAACCUUCAUUAUUUCUCUGUGAUCAAUGCGAUUUCAAAUCAACGGUCCGCUCAGAGCUCAGAACACAUCUUCGGAAGAAUCACGAAAAAGCCAUGCUGAAAUGUGAUCUGUGUGAAUAUGAAGCAAGAACUGCCUAUCAAAUAAGAGUGCACAGAGAGAGCAAGCACCAAGGAAUUACUCAUAAAUGUGAUGAAUGCGACUACGUCACGGGAAAUAUUUACUCGAUAAAAGGUCACAAGGAAAGGAGGCAUAACACCAACAGAUACUAUUGUCACAAGUGUGAAUAUAGUUCCAAACAUAUGGAAGAUUUGAAAAGACACAUUAAAAACAAACACGAAGGGAAGACGUAUCCCUGUAAGGAAUGUGAUUAUGUUGCAAACCAAGCCCCAGCAUUAAGUAAACACUACAGCAAGGUUCACAGCGGAGACAGUUUCUCAUGCGAUCAGUGUGUGUUUAUGACGUCAUACCAUGCGUCACUAAAGCGUCACAUUGAAGAUGUGCAUUGGGGAAUUCGUUAUCCAUGUAAGAUGUGUGAAACUACAUUUUCCAAUGUACGGAGUAUGCGACGUCACUUUAAAAGUAGACAUACUUAGAGUUUUAUAGUUACUUCCAAACUUUUUUUUUUAGUAGCUGGGCACGCUUUUUUUAAUAUGGUUUGGUUUACUCCGUAUGUUUUUGUUUAAUGAUGUGAGUUAUAUUUUAUAUUGUUUUUAAAUGAUCAUUAUCGAAAAUAUUUAUAAAAAUU